AUGGCCGCACCUUCUCUUUCCUCCGCUCUCAAUUCCCUCUCCCUCUCCGCCUCUUCCCGCUUCUCUCUCCUCCCCUCACCACCCCACACUCUCUCCCUCCUCUUCGCCAAACCCCAACACCACCCUUCCGUCCUCUGCGUCAAAUCCAAACCCUCCGAUGACAUUGAUACCUCCUUCUUCGACAACCUUAACCCGCAGGAAGACAUCACCUUCAACCCUCCGGAGCCUCCGGAGGACUUCGUCGCCCCUCCCUCCUUCGACGAUGGCCCCCUCGAGACGGAGGAGGAGAUCGCCGCCGCCUACGAGGAGCUUUACGGCCCCGCCUUCAGCGGCGUCUCUGUGCUCGGGAAUGACGUGUUCGUGAUGGACUCCCAGUUGAAGCAGGACACCGGGUUCGGGUCCGGCGCGAAGAAGGAGAAGGUCCGCGACGGGUUCGAAGAGAGGGUUGUCCAGGUGAGAAGGGUGACGAAGGUUGUUAAGGGAGGGAAGCAGUUGCGCUUCAGGGCCGUCGUCAUUGUGGGCGACAAGAAGGGCCAGGUCGGCGUGGGAGUUGGCAAGGCCAAGGAAGUCAUCACUGCUGUUCAGAAGUCCGCCACCGAUGCCAGGAGGAACAUUGUGAAGGUGCCUAUGACUAAGUACUCCACUUUUCCCCAUAGAUCUGACGGUGAUUAUGGAGCAGCCAAGGUGAUGCUUAGACCUGCUUCUCCCGGUACUGGAGUUAUUGCAGGUGGGGCUGUGAGAAUUGUUCUUGAAAUGGCUGGAGUUGAGAAUGCUUUGGGAAAGCAAAUAGGGAGUAAUAAUGCACUCAACAAUGCCAGAGCAACAAUCAUUGCUGUGCAGAAAAUGAAGCAGUUUCGUGAGGUUGCUGAGGAGCGCGGAAUUCCAAUGGAAGAGUUAUGGAAGUAA